UACUUAGCCUCAUUUUAAUUUAUUUUUCCUGUUAUGCCCUUGUUUAUUUUAGUAGCUCUUUUAUUUGGAACCCUAAUAUUAGACUAGUCAGCAUUCAUAAACCUAUGCUCUCAACACUUGCUAAAGACAGGUGAACACAUAAGGAAAGAUGUAUCUCCAGUUUUACAUUAACGAAAAUGGCGACAAAGUUUACACCACUAAGAAAGAAUCACCCCUCGGACGGGCCACAGAAUCUGCUCACCCAGCCCGGUUUUCACCCGAUGAUAAAUAUUCAAGGCAGAGAGUGCUUCUUAAGAAGCGUUUCGGCUUGCUUCCUACCCAGAAGCCUCCUCCAAAGUACUAGCAACUUUUGCUACAACGUUCCUCAGAUAUAUAACUCUAUUGCUAGUUAAAGUGAUGUCGUGAUUCGAAGUCUCUUGUUAUGAUAGUUUUUGGUUCUUCUAACAUUAAUAGUGUUCUCUAAAUAUGUUGUGGAGUCUCCCUCUGUUAGUUUGUUUGUCGAACGAAAAUUGUAAUAGAUUGUGUAAUGUUGCAUCUCAAUCUUGUGAUUGACAAAUCUUUGUCAUCACUUGGAAAAUAGGAACAAAUGUAGGUUGUGUUUUGCUCUAUGACAACCAUGUUGAUAAUGCUUAUAAUACUGUCUUCAAAUGCUA